CUCUAGCUGUAGAACAACAAGAAUCGCGUAAAUGUUAUUUUCGUGAAACCAAUACCAUAGAUCUGAUGCCAUGUCCCCGGCGUUAGACCUGGGCAACUCAGUAGAGGCCUACCACACCCUUGACAGCGGGAGCGUCAAAAGGGACACCUCGCCUAGCUCCUCGUCCACACCACCGGUCCGCCACGCAAUGGGGCAGCGAACGUCGUGGCUUCGGCAGUGUCGCCGCUACAAACUUGUUGCCCUGAUCCUAAUGCUCUUGUUUCUCGUAUCCUGCCUGGCAUAUAGGAUUCUGAGUACUGAGCAGGAUGCCCCUUCCUUGGAUGUGCACCGCAGUUCGCCUCUUCUGGAUGCCUAUGAAGACUUUACUGCUAUGCGAGCCGGAGAUCUCAAAAUGCGCAUUGAGGAGUUGGUUCGGAUCAAGAGCACCGUUUCGGUGGAGCUGCGAGAACUGGAGUCCCGUCGCCAGAAGCUGCAGUCGGACAUCAGCCAGUACAACCAAAAAAUCGAGGAGCUCAAACAGGAAUUGUUGCGGGAGCAAACCGAACUAGAGCGCCUUAAAAUCUCUGUGGAGCAGGCCCAAGUUGCCCAGCGGGAAGCAGUGCAACGAAAUACUCCCGAUCUUGCCUUACCACGCUCUCUACUGCCAAGCACUCUGCCUCGAAAGAUGAAUCCCAUUUCCUCGGGUAUGGCAGCCAGCUGCGAAAUGCACAACUGCUUCAAUCACUCUCGCUGUAGUUUGACGUCAGGUUUUCCUGUGUACCUCUACGACCCAGAUGAACACAGCGUACAAAAGCAUGGCUACGACAUCGACGGUUUUUUAAAGACCACCCUAAAGCAAACAUUGGGCUACAAUGCGCAUAUUGUAAGGGACCCCAAAAUGGCAUGCAUUUACCUGGUGCUUGUGGGUGAGGCUCUCCUGGAACAGGAUCUGUUAAGGAACAAUCGCUACGCGGCACAGGAAGCUGAGCAGCAGGUGCCCUCCACUCCAAGCCAUGCGAACGAAUGCCCUGUGGAUAUGGAGAAACUUUAUCGGCUGCCUUACUGGGGCGGCGAUGGACGAAACCAUGUGCUGCUCAAUCUGGCUCGGAGGGAUCUCUCUUCACAACGAACCAAUCCGCUUUAUAAACAGAAUACCAUGCGCGCCAUUGUGGUGCAGAGUGCCUUCGAACGGGAACAAUUCCGUCCUGGCUAUGAUAUCAUUGUGCCGCCAAUAUUGGGUCCUCCAGGGGGGGAUGUUUGGCAGGAGUGUGCUGGAAUGGUUCCCGCCAGGCGGAAGUACCUUCUCACCUUCCAGGGUGAGUUAAGACCAAAGCAAAAGACCUCAGGGAGGCUGGAUGAUUUUAUUAUCGAGCACCUCACGGAUAUGGCCAAGGGAGCUACCCAGGACCAGUUUGUGCUCCAGUUCCAGUGUAAUCCAGCCACGGAACAGCAGGAAGCGGACUCUGUGCCGGAUUGGACACUCUGUGGCUCAGACUCAUCCCGGAAACAACUGUUAAAGGACUCUACUUUUGUUUUAAUUCUGCCUCCUUUGAACGGAAGAGUCUCCUCGACGCUGAUGCUAGCUAGGAUGUACGAAGCUCUGCGUUCUGGAGCCAUACCAGUUAUUCUAGGAUCUGAUGAGCUACGCUUGCCCUAUGCUGAAACUCUGGACUGGAGGCGAGCUGCGCUUCUUUUGCCAAAAGCACGGAUUACGGAACUCCACUUCUUGUUACGCGCUGUUCAGGAUGCGGAUUUGCUUUUGCUGCGCCGCCAAGGACGGCUUAUCUGGGAGCGAUACCUCAGCUCGGUGCAGGCCACAGUGGAUACGGUUAUUGCUAGCCUGCGAGAUCGCUUGGGAAUCCCGCCCAGACCAGUGCCAUCAGUUCAGGCCCAGAGUGUUUUCAACAGCACUUUUAUUCCAUUGAAAUCAGAUCCCCCCGUGGGGUUAGAUACAGAACCAGAGGAGUCUCUGGGACCUAUCGAGCCGCCAUAUCCUAGCCCGGCCUUUCGACGAAACUACACUAUCCUGCGGAUGCAAGCCAAGGAAGCCUGGAACGAUUGGCUAGACCCGUUUUACCUCUACCCUCAGUUGCCCUUCGACCCCGCCCUGCCAUCUGAGGCCAAGUUUUUGGGCUCGCACACAGGCUUUCGACCUAUCGGAAAGGGACUUGGAGGCGCUGGCAAGGAAUUCGGGGAAGCAUUAGGCGGAAACUAUCCACGAGAGCAGUUUACGAUCGUGAUGUUAACCUACGAAAGGGAACAGGUGCUGAUGGAUUCGUUGGGCAGGUUGUACGGACUUCCCUACUUGCACAAAGUUGUCGUGGUGUGGAACUCCCCCAAGCCGCCAUUGGACGAUCUACGCUGGCCGGAUAUCGGAGUGCCUGUAGCUGUGCUUCGAGCUCCCAGAAACUCCCUGAACAACCGGUUCCUUCCCUUUGAUGUCAUUGAGACGGAGGCAGUUCUUUCCGUGGACGAUGAUGCCCAUUUGAGGCACGAUGAGAUUCUUUUUGGAUUCCGCGUAUGGCGCGAGCACCGUGACCGGGUCGUAGGCUUUCCUGGUCGCUACCAUGCGUGGGACUUAGGCAAUCCGAACGGCCAGUGGCACUACAACUCCAAUUACAGCUGCGAGCUAAGCAUGGUCCUAACGGGUGCUGCUUUCGUACACAAGUACUACCUGUACCUCUAUACCUAUCACCUGCCUCAGGCCAUUCGCGAUAAAGUGGAUGAGUACAUGAACUGCGAGGACAUUGCCAUGAACUUCCUCGUAUCGCAUAUCACGAGAAAGCCGCCGGUAAAAGUGACCUCAAGGUGGACCUUCCGCUGUCCGGGCUGCCCGGUUUCACUUAGCGAAGACGAUACUCACUUUCAGGAGCGGCACAAGUGCAUAAACUUUUUCAGCCGGGUGUUUGGCUACACGCCGCUACUGAACACCCAGUUCCGAGCGGACUCCAUCCUGUUCAAGACGCGCAUACCACACGACAAGCAAAAGUGCUUCAAGUACAUCUAGUCGUUCCAGUGAUCCCAUCCUAACACCUCUUUUUGAUUCCGACAACGGUGGCCACUCUCACUUACCUUACCGCCGUGGCCAUCAGCUGAAAUACUUUUUAGGGAUAAGCACAAAGUAAACUUAUUAGGCUAGAUCCGGGUUCACUUAAUUUUGUUUAAGCUAAGUCGAAAGAUGUCCGUGCAAUUUCUAUUUAAUUAUAUAUCUCAAUUUGUAUUAAUGUAAUUCUAUUGCCAUAAUCGAUUUAUUAAUGUGUUUGGCUAGCAUUUUGUGUCUUAUAGCUGUUGCUUAUUGUACUAUAUUGUUCAAAAGACAAUUUUUAAACCAAAAAAUGCUCUCAAACAAGAAAAUGUUAAAUUUAUAUAAAGAUAAGAAUUGAAAUUGGUGAACACCGGAACAAGUCCCUAUGUAUAUAGUUUAUUUUGACCUUAGUCCGACCCUGAUAAGCCCAGAGAACACUGCUCGCUAAAGUCUGAUCAGUUAAACCAUAUAUUUUUAAAGUCCAUCUACGAUUUAUGCAAUGACACUUUUUAAAGUGGAAUUAAAAAUAU